CACUGCACACGUCUUCACUGAUUCGAAGGGCUGUACGAAAAGGUCGCCAUUGCCCCUCAGAUUGGUGAGGAAAAUCGAUAUAAAAUCUAGGAGGUAUCCGGACAAUCCCGCAACCAAAGAAAGACAUAAAAGGAAAGGAUAAGAUCUCUGGACAACAUCACCAUCAUCAUCAUCAAUGGCUACAGCGAGCGUGCAAGAGAAUCUUCCCCCGUCCUUGGACGCCAAUUCCGAGCCACCUCCUCUAUUUGAUGGAACUACGAGGUUGUACAUAGCUUACGUUUGCCCAUUUGCACAGCGUGCAUGGAUCACCAGAAAUUACAAGGGAUUACAAGACAGUAUCAAAUUAGUUGCAAUUAAGCUUCAAAGCAGGCCUGCUUGGUACAAGGAGAAAGUCUACGCUGCAAACACGGUGCCUUCGUUGGAACACAAUGGAAAAAUCAUAGGAGAGAGUCUCGAUGUAAUUAAAUAUCUAGACAGCAACUUUGAGGGGCCUUCUCUUUCACCCAAUGAUCCAGCUAAAAAGGAGUUUGCUGAAGAGUUGAUAGCCUACACUGACACCUUCACCAAGACAGUGUUUUCAUCAUUCAAAGGAGACCCUAUAAAAGAAUCUGGUCCUGUUUUUGAUCAUAUAGAAGAGGCUCUUCAUAAGUUCGAUGACGGGCCAUUCUUCUUGGGAGAAUUCAGUUUGGUGGACAUAGCUUAUAUCACAUUUUUUGAAAGAUUCCAAAUCUUCUUCUCUGGGGUGUGGAAGCAUGACAUCACAGCAGGCAGGCCUAAACUUGCAAAAUGGAUCGAGGAGGUACACAAAAUUGAUGCUUACAAGCAAACAAAGAUUGAUCCCAAUGAGCAUCUUGAAACCUUCAAGGCUCGCUUUCUGGCCAAGUAAGCAUUGAAGGUUCCAGCACGUCUUCUGGACUUUGGUGCAAAAUAAGUGGCGUAGUGCGUCUACGUAAUGUUUCUUUGUAUAAUAAAUGGUGUGUGUGUAUGUGUUUUGUGCGUAUGUACUGGUCGAAGAUGUGAGCUACUUUGUAUUAUCCUACGCGUUUGGUAUUGCUUAAGCUUAAAUAAAUGGAAAUCAUUACCAACUGA